CCGGAGUGGGAGAUAGAUCUCUUAUCAACUGAUGGCAAUCAAGUGAUAUAUUUAGCAGUUUGAUAACAACCAUCAACAGGGUGGUGUAUGAGUGGACAGCUGCUAGAAACAUGGACAGGAAGCUACUGAACGUUUUAUCUCUCAGUUUUUACCUUAUGAUAUUGUUCUCUGCACAAUAUGCAGUCCUCAACAUGCAGAAAACUAUAAUUUCGAGUAUCCACGACGAGAAGCCAGAAUUUACGGUGGAGGGGUUCUUUGUUACUGGGAUUAUGUACACAGUGUUCUCCAUCUCUGUCUGGCUCGCUCCUUCACUCAUCUGUGUGCUGGGUCCACGAUUAUCCAUGGCUAUCGCCAACAUCGGAUACAUAGGAUAUCUCGCAGCUUUCAACAUGGAAAAAGCAUGGAGUAUGUAUGCGGGGGCAGUGGUUGUGGGCAUCAGUGAAGCUCUACUCUGGACCUCGCAAGGCAACUAUUUAUUCCUCAACUCAGAGCCCAACACGGUUAACCGCAACCUUGGAAUAUUCUGGGUUAUUUUCAGUUCAGCCGAACUGUAUGGUAACAUGUACGUCUACUUCAAGCUGGAGGGGAAGAAGUAUAUAGAUGCUGAGACUCGAAAGAUUGUCAUUUACUCUAUGACUUCGGUAGCCGCAGCCUCUCUGCUCAUGUUCGGCCUUCUGGGAAAAGCCAAGGAGAGUUUCUCUUCAGAUGCCAAACCCAAGAAAGAAAGCCCAGGUCAAGCCCUCAAAACAACCUGGACAAUCUUUAAUACAACCAAGAUGAGAAUGCUGUGCAUCUCGUUUGCCUUCAUAGGAAUGCACCAGGCUUUUCGCUGUGGUAUCUACAGUUCAAGCGUUGGAUUCACUCUCAAGAUCGGAGACAACUCCAAGCAGUUGGUAGUCCUCUCUGGUGUUUUCAUCGGCACAGGGGAACUGUUAGGAGGCCUUUUCCAGAUAACUCUGAGUGGAUUCACAGAGCGGCGGAAGUACGGGAAGUGUGUGGUGCUGGGCACCGGACUUGUUUGCCAACUCAUCACCUUCACAAUCAUCUGCCUCAACAUCCCUGCCACUGCUGUCUUCGGCAACACACUUGAUGAGUCCUUCAUACACCCCAGAGCCUCCCUAGCCAUGUUGUGUAGCAUCCUCAUCGGCUUCUCUGACUGCUGUUGCCACACCCAGAUGUAUUCCAUCAUGGCUGUCAUGUUCCCGGAGAACAGCUCUCAAACUUGUGCAAUAUACAAGUUUACCAAGGGAAUAAUGGUGGCGGUUACGUUUUACUGCUCGAGCUACCUGAACCUCCAUCAGCAGCUCGCAGUAUUGGCUCCAAUGGCUCUCAUCGCAAAUUUAACAUUUUUCAAAGUCAACAAGACUGUCAUGGAAGCUGCAGAACAAGCUAAAAACGAUUAUAAUUUAGAAAAAAUUAAAUACGAUCUUUCUAAUUCAUGACAGUCAUCAUUGUAAAUCAUAGACUAAGUGUAAAUAUGUUGUUUUAUUUUCCAUUCUUAUUUCUAAGAUUAAUAUCUGCGUUUUUAUAACGGUUUUGUAUUUUUUAUCGAUAUGUAAGUAAUGUUACAUCACUGUUUAGUUGUUACUUUUCCUUCACAAAUUGUAAUGAUUAACCUGAAAGCCCCAAGUAACAAUCUAGAAGAUGUAAAGCAUACAAUGUACUGUAUAUCAAAUCAUUGAUUGGAGCUCAGAUUUGUAGAAUUUAAGACAUAUAGUUAGCGUUUGUAUCAAUUUUGUUAUGGUCAAUAAUUCGUAUGGCAGUGUUAGGAAAACUGUGAAAAUACAGUACCAAAAUACCUCAAAGUAAGAAUAUUUAUGUAAAAGGCAUAUAAAUAGUCCUGAUUUAAGAAUUAGCAUGUUGUAGAACAAAUUCUACUCUUGAAUUAAAUAUCAAUAUUCUGUAACGCUUAGGUUGUUGUUAUCGUCACCUUUGAAGAAUAUUAGAUACAUCAAGAUAUAUCAGAUUUGUCUACAUUAUAUAGAUUCAGGACGAUGUAGGACACUUCCAUUCAUUUUACACAUUUUACUCAAUUCAAGUAUUUCAACAGUUCCAUUUUAAAUAGUCAAUGGAUCAAAAAUAAAACCUAUUCAUGUAUCUUUUUAUAAUUGUGUUAAACACUUUUGGAAGCUAUAUUACUAAUAUACCCUGUUAUAGUGCAAGACUUCAGAUUGUGAAAAUUUAACUUCAAAGUAUAUUCAAGUUUGUGGCUAAAUUUUCUGUAAACUUUUAAGUACAUACAAUAAAAAAGUCAAUACGAUUAAGUUUUGUGUAGAGGUAAUCAUCUUAGUUUUUCUAUAACCACUUCUGUCUUGUUUGGAUUAGAAAGUAUUUUAUUUUAGAUAAGAUUAUUUUUAAGAAAACAAUUAGCUUAUUGAAUAACUGUAUUUGUAUAUUUAUAGAGUAUAAUAAAAUUUUCUAUAUAAAUCACCAUA